AUGGGCAACAUCGACUUCACCUCCCCCCUCUGGGCCGACCUCACCCCCCUCCCCACCGACGAAGGCGGCGACCACCCCCUCGCCGCCAUCGCCUACACAGAAGAAUACGCCACCACCAUGUCCUACCUCCGCGCCGUGAUGGCGCUCUCGGAGCACUCUCCCCGCGUCCUCCUGCUCACCGCCGAACUCAUCGACAUGAACCCCGCCCACUACACCGUCUGGCUCUACCGCGCGGAGACGCUCUUCGCUCUGAGCGCGGAUCUGCACGAGGAGUUGGAGUGGUUGAACGAGACGGCGUUGGAUCAUCAGAAGAACUACCAGAUCUGGCAUCAUCGGAUGUUGAUCGUGGAUCGGCUCGGGGAGAGCGAGGGAGAAGCGGAGUUCGUGGAGCAGAUGUUUGAGCGGGAUGCGAAGAAUUAUCACGUCUGGAGUUAUCGGCAGUGGAUGGUGAAGCGGUUUGGGCUGUGGGAGAAGGGGGAGUUGGAGUUCACGGAGGGGUUGAUUAGGAGGGAUGUGAGGAAUAAUUCUGCGUGGAACCAUCGGUGGUUUGUUGUUAAUGGGCGGGAAGGGGAGGGGGUGGAGGGGGUGGAGGGUGUGAAGGGGGAUGAGGGGGUGAGGGAGAGGGAGGUGGGGUUUGCGAAGCGGGAGAUUGGAAGGGCGCCGCAGAAUUUGUGUGGGUGGAGUUAUUUGAGGGGGGUGGUGAGGAAGGGCGGGAUGCGGUUGGGGGAGUUGAAGGAGUUCGCAGGGCAGUUUGCGGGUUUGGAUGGGGGGGAGGUGAGGUCGAGUCAUGCGUUGGAUUUGAUGGCGGAGAUUUUGGCGGAGGAGGAGGGCGGGAGGGAGAGGGCGGGGGAGGCGUUGGAUAUGCUUAUGGAGACGUAUGACCCGGUUAGGAGGAAUUAUUGGGAGUAUCGGAAGGGGAUGCUUGGGCUGCCUAGUGCGGCGGCUUGA